UUUCUGUCAACACAAAACUUCUCCACUCAGACCCACACCUGAUCACCAGCCAGAGAGACAGACAGAGAGAGAGAGAAACAGAUAGACAGGCAGAGAGAGAGAGAAACAGAGCGAGAGACACAGAGAGACAGGCAGAGAAAGAGAGACAGAUAGAGAGAGUGAGACCAUGCAGGCUUGAGGAGAGAAGGGAACAACACCAUGGAGGACAGCAGCCCCAGAGAAGAGACCAAUGAGCAGAAGCUGUAUAAGAUAGCCAAUGAGCUCCUGCUUACAGAGAGAGCCUACGUUGCUCGUCUCUAUUUGCUUGAUCAGGUAUUCUGUGCAAAGCUGACACAGGAGGCAGCAAAAGGUACAUUUCCUGUGGAGGUAGUGAAGGGCAUCUUCUGUAAUGUGGCCUGCAUCUACGCCUUCCACAGCCAGUUUCUUCUGCCUGACCUGGAGACCCGAAUGAGCCAGUGGGAGAGAAGUCCUUGGAUAGGAGAUAUCUUACAGCAGCAUGCACCCUUCCUCAGGAUGUAUGCAGAGUAUGUGAAGAACUUUGACAAGGCCAUGGAGCUUCUCAAGCAGUGGACCGAGCGUUCAGCACAGUUUAGUGCUGUUAUACAAGAAAUCCAGAGGCAGGAGAUUUGUGGAAGUCUCACACUGCAGCACCACAUGCUGGAGCCUGUGCAGAGAGUUCCUCGCUAUGAGCUUCUGCUGAAAGACUACCUGAAGCGAUUACCGCAGGAAGCUCCUGACCGCAGCCAGACAGAGAAGUCUCUGCAGACUAUUUCAAUGGCUGCCACUCACUCCAACACUGCCAUCCAGAAAAUGGAGAACCUGAAGAAGCUUCUAGAGAUAUAUGAAAUGCUUGGAGCGGAGGAGGAUAUUGUGAAUGCCUCAAAUGAGCUCAUUAAAGAAGGGCAAAUCCUAAAGCUGUCUUCCAGGAACACAUCGGCCAUGGAGAGAUACCUCUACCUUUUCAACAACAUGCUGCUGGUGUGUGUCCCUAAGUUCAGUCUGCUCGGUCAGAAGUUCACAGUGAGAACCCGUGUGGGCAUUGAGGGCAUAAAGGUGGUGGCAACUGUGAAUGAUGAUUACCCUCACACCUUCCAGGUUUCAGGCAAAGAGCGCACCCUGGAGCUGCAGGCCAGCUCUGAACAGGACAAAGAAGAAUGGAUUAAGGCUUUCCAGCAGACGAUAGAAACUCUUCAGAAGAAGAAUGAAACUUUUAAGUCUGCCUGUAAAGACAUAGAAGUGGAGGAGGUGUCUAAUGAGGAGCUGGGGAGAAGAGCACCUCGAUGGAUCAGAGAUAAUGAAGUUACCAUGUGCAUGAAAUGCAAAGAGCCCUUUAACGCUCUGACCCGCAGACGACACCACUGCAGAGCAUGCGGUUAUGUGGUGUGCUGGAAGUGCUCAGAAAACAAGGCUGCUCUGGAGUAUGAUGGGAACAAAAUGAAUAAGGUGUGUAAAGAUUGUUACUCCAUACUGACUGGAAGAGCUGCAAGUGAAGAGACGACUGGGGCCAAGAAACGGGGCAUCCUGGAGAUUGAGGCGGCCCAGUUUUCUGGCAGCAGUCUGAUGUGUGGUUUCCUGCUGUAUAGUGAGAAAGCUCGUCCCUGGCAGAGAGUUUGGUGUGUUAUCCCUCAGAAAGAGGCUGUAGUGCUUUAUGUGUAUGGAGCUCCACAGGAUGUCAAAGCUCAGUCUACAAUUCCAUUACUUGGAUACAUUGUCGAUGAAACCCCCCGGACAGCGGAUCCUCCCUCCAGUUUCCGUCUGUGCCAGUCGAAAUCCCUGCACAGCUUUGCUGCUGAGUCUGAAGAUCAGAAGCAGCGGUGGCUGGAGGUGAUACGCGUCGCAGUGACCGGCAAUGUAGCCCAGUUUCAGACAGCUGCCAGUGAUGGCCUCACCAAUGGCUGUCAUGAAAGUGACCCUCACAGCAUUUAAAUGUCUGGUCAGAUGUGGACAUGGUUACAGCAUAAUCAACAUAAAAUGUUAAAAUAAUUUUAAAAAGCAUCUGAAAAAUAUAAAAAGGCAUUUAGCUGUGUACAAAUACAUAUAAAAUUAUACAUGAAGAUCAACUAAUUAAUGAUAUGUACAAGCAUGGCAAGUUUAAACAAAAUAAAAAACAUAAUUCAAUUUAUGUGAAGGAUUGAUUAGAAUUUAUGUUGUAUGCAACUGUUAAUACUUUUUUCAGGGCAGAAAUGAUUGUAAAUUUAAAGUUUAUAAAUGUUUGUGCAAUUAAAAUCCUUUUACUGAACAUCGACAUAAUAAAAUGUGCUUUUUAUUCA